ACUAAAAAUGUUUAUAUUAAAUAAUGUAAAAGGCAAAUACCCCUAAAUCCAUGAAUUUUUAAGGUCAACCGAGUCCUUAGGAUAUGGAAAGGAUUUGUAUAGCACCUGAUAAGUAUACAACUCUUCCUACAACGCCUCUCUCAACCAUGCCAACAUACGCAUCAAACCUUAAUUUGGUAUUUAAAGAGAGCGUUGGCUCCAAAAAUAAAGACAGCUUCGCCGCUCUCGAUAGUCGUAAUCAAAAAGCCGAAGAUGGGGUCGAUCCGAACCACGAGCUAGAAAUAAGCAGCCCAGUCAGUCAUGAACGUCACGCCGUCGCGAACUCGUCGAUAGACGAAGCACCUCACAGUGCUGCGACAUAUGCUGCUGCUAAAUUACGACCACUCACCCUGCCAAUCCUCAACAAGCCGCCGACCAACCGCGCCCAUAAUAUUCUGUACGCCUCCCAGCAUCUGCUGCAGCGUUACGAGCCGGAGGAUCGGCAGAUUCACAAGAUGCCGCUGGCUAGCGCAAUCUCUACUGUCGAUAGAGCGGAUGACAAACACCCCGGUUCCAGAGGUUUCCUCUCGAAGUUUGCUCACGGACUGCGCUUCUCGCUGCGUCGCAAAAAGAAAGAGCAGCGAGACCAGAUGCAAUCGGUAGUGGUCAAGGUGUCUCCCGGAAAAGAGUCAAGGCAGAUCACGGGCAAAGGCAGAUGGGCUGACUUUGUUCACAUCUCUGUGAAGCCGCCGAGAAUUCCGACAUUCAUCCAACUGGACGAUAGUGUGCCCUCCGAGGCAAGCUCUGCCAACGUCCACUGCAGCCAGCAGUCGGAAAAGCUAGACCAGUCAUCUACCCAGAAAAAAGUGACCGGCAAACCGCCGUUGCCCAAGCUGCCACCUCGCAGUGGCAUCCUGGCGCAUGCGCCUCAGGAUGCUGCAAGUGGCACCGUCAGUGCUGCCCAUGGCACAGAGGCGUUGAUUAGCACCAAACGGGAACAGUACAAACAGUUUCCCGACCAGUUAACGGCGGGCAUUCAAGCGUCGAGGAUGCGGGACAGAGAGUCGACCCCGUUGGCAUACGUCAGCCAGAAUACACAUAUGUUUAACCAAAGUGGAGAAAACGGUCAUGUUUCUGGGCCUACCGUGGUUACCGCCGUACCUGUGGAUGUUUCUCCCAUGAAAGAGAUAGGCAAGAUGGGUCUGAUCGAGACCAAUCUGGACACUCAGGAAACGGUUAUUUCGGGAACGACUCGUUCCCUAAUGGACAUAACUGGCCAUCCACUUAGUCUGCCCCACAAGCGAUACAUCGUGAAGCGGCUGAAUACGACUAGUGACAACAAUGUGAAUGAAAUUGAUGGCCAGGCAGUCAAGUCCUCCUUAGGAGGAUGUGGCGUCCAACUAGCAUCCUUUCGCAGACCGCACAAGAGCAUGGAGUUUUUGCUGGACAAGGAGAACCAGAAAAAUGUUUUGCCCCCCGAAAACGAACUGCAGAAGUCGCACGAUCACAAUCCAGCCGUCUUGAGUGAGCACCAACUGCGCGUCCAGGCAUCGCUUCAAAGGCUUAAUAUUCCGGACUGGUUUCGUCAUUACAAUAAAGAGACCGUAAAGGUAGCAGAUGGCGACAACGUCACCACAAAGUCAAACUCCGGCGGAUACCGACCUGGCCACUUCACCCGCAUGCGCACACAGGAUUCGGGACGCUGGCAGGGGCUCAACUCAAAGACGACCUCUCUCAGCUCACUGGGAUCGCAGCGCUUUGACCGAAGUCCUCUCCUGAUGAGUCCUUCGGCGCACAGCCAUCACGGCGGCCAGAGCAUCUAUGCAUGCGGACCGACGAAGGGACACGGCCCAGCUUCUGCGCAGACGGGCGUGGGUGCCACACGCUGGUCUACCUCUCACCUCAACUCCUUUCAGACGUCGCCAAGUGUGUCACAGCGCGGAAGUUUUGCCCGCGGAGCUCCUAUUAAUAGCAGCUUCUUGUCCGUAGCCAGCAGUAGCGGCGUGUUGCGCAAUUCUUACCGGCAGCCGUACUUGGGAUGGCGCAGCACAGAGAAGUUAUCCCAGCGGACGCCCCAUGAACGUCUGGCCAACUCACUGUUGGUUCAACGGGCAACGCCGUCCCCUACGUGUGCAUCCAAUGGAGCGUGGACCGUGCAUUCUGUAACGCCAGAGAUUCAAAGCUCAAUUAAGGAAGUUACAUCCGCAAUCGUUCACUACGUGAACGACCAGCAGCAGUCCCAACAUCCACAUAGCCGACUGGCCAGUCCAAAUUCGAGGAAGUGCUGGCUGGAGAGCAGCUUUGUGGGCAUACGACGCCUGGAUUCUCCGCAGACACCCGUGAUUGACAAUAGCUCUCCUGAAUUAGAACUCGAGCAUCAGCACCAGCAGCUUCACCAGUUCCGCCCCCACGUGGAUGCCAGUCUGUCGCCGGCAGCCGUCGAAGGACAGCCGCCACUUCGCAUGAACGGAAUCAGCCGUAUCGGCGGCGGUGGCGCGCCCGAGCGGUCGAUAAGCAGCGCCUCGCUAGAAGAUGUCCUGGCAUCGCUUUUAGGACUGCCAACUACCUCCUCAUCAAGACAGAACAGCAAUCACAACAGCACCAACAGAUUAAAAGCGUCUCCGUUCACAACAGGAACAGUCGCAGAUAGUCGGCAGCAGUUGGAUGUACUAUCGGCGGAUGAACAGCAGCGGCUCCGACGUCGCAGCGAAGGCGAUGCCCCUCCACAGAAAAACGACAUAAAUUCGCAGACAGUUGAAGUAGGAGCAAGUUCACAGCCAAAUGCCUUUAGGGAAAGCCGGCGGGUUUCGCUAGGCGACAAAUCGACAAAUAUACAGCAGGACAUGAGAAUAGGACAACUCAUAGAGGAGCCGCGAGAAGAAGUAGGAUCGGCACAUAAAAUUCGCUGUAGGAACCCGAAGUGCGACCAAAGUUCUUCACCAGGCGAUGCAAAAAAGCUUUACAAGUCAUGCCAUAAUUGUUCUUACUUAUAUUGUUCGCGUGAGUGUCGACGAUCCCACUGGGAAAGGCAUCGAAAGGCAUGCCUGCACUCGCGCGCCUCUAAUCUGUGUCGCCAGGUGCUAGCCACCUGCAAGGACGACCUCGACUCACAGCGCCACCUUAGCUUGCUGGCGCGUAAGGGAAGCCUCUCACAGGGACGAGGCGUCGUGCGUGUUCUAUUUCGCAGUCCUGAGGCGGCAGAAAACUUCAUCAAGAAUGGCUUCCAGUGCAUGGGCGAGGCUUCGUACGUGCGCUGGCCGGAUCUUAUGCCCGCCGAGAUGGGCCUGGAGCUUUACUCAGAGCUUCUUAAGCUCACCACAGAGUACAAGGCGGAGACCAAGAUGCUCAUUUACGUGGCCAUUUGCGUGGUGUCCGAGGCGCCGGGCAUGGGACAGGCGCCGGUUCGCUGGGAACGCCAACUGGUCAGUCGUUGUGCGAAACUGAAGCUCUGUAAAACCGUUUUGGCCGAGUUAGAGCACCAGCAGGCAGCGCUUCAGCAUUCGCUCUCAGUGGUCGCCGUGCCGGAGCGUACCGAAAUUAUCAUCCUUACCUUCAACACCGGGCAGCGCUCCAUAUACAGCAAGCGAGAGCUGAUUCUUUCCAACAUUCUUCACAUCCUUUCAAGGCGCGGUGUCAUACUGCGCAAGCACUAUCCGGAAAUUUUUCAGCAACUGCAAAAAUAUACCGAGGGUCAAAGCGAUAAGUUCAAUCCGGUAACAUUGCAUCCGCGGGACUCUCAGACAGGCCAAUGCUUCAUCUGCAUUAUAAUGCCAGUGCAAACGGACAGUGAGUUCAUCAAGCUUCCCUCAGCGGCGGACGGCGGAAAUAGAGUGACUACCAUCGAUGUGGGGUCUCCUGUUGCUCUCGCCCAACUAGAUGACGAUGAGUUGCUCAAGACCACAUCCAACAGCUGAUUAAGAGUAGAUAACAACAAUUGCAACAAAGGAAUUCGGAGCGGCAGUGCCAACGCUUUGCAUGGACAAAUUUUUAGCAACGCUUUAGGAUGUGGCAUAGAAAGCACUCGCAUGUAAGACAUGUUCUAGCCCUAAAGCCUCUCUCCUCAGAAAUCCAUCCGCCAUCCGCUGAGGGGAUGGUCGUCAUUCAAAUUUGUUUAAUGAACAUUAUUUAUGUCUUUGUCGAACAAAAAUUCUAUGGAAUGUAAACGCAACCACUACCACCACCGACGAAUACAGAUGUGGGUGGGCUGCCUAAGACACUAAAUGUUUUCUUGACAGUGCCAAUUGAAAAAACGUACACAAACUCAUUAUUAAUGUUUAAUAUUUAAUUAUUUUCAGUUUGUUGUAUGCAGAAAAGCAAUCGAUAACAGGUUUUUACGUUUGAUCGAUAAUUUAAGCUAUUUGGCAAGCAAAAACAUAAACUUUUGUUUGAAUGUCCCAAAAUAUGUUGUGCAAUAUGUACGUAAAUAAAUAAAUAUUCAUCAGAA